AUGGCGCCUUCAGCAACCGAAACGGUCAACCAAUUGGCCGCCGACGCCAGCAAGCUCAAGUUGUACGCCGGUGGCGUCGACCACGCCUACAAGGAACUCUCCCCUGUCGCCUUCUCCAAGGACGUUGAGGAGAAGGGCUCCGACGAGCACAAAGCCGCAAAGUAUCCCAACUAUCUUCCCACCUGGAACAAGGACCAAGUCUACCCUGCCCUUGAGCCCUUCGAGCACUACGACCACGGCAAGGAUGCCGACCCAGCCUUCCCCAACCUCCUCCCCUCCUCAGCCAAGGUAACGCACCUCACGCCCACCAUCGGCACCGAGGUCGACGGCAUCCAGCUGAGCAAGCUGUCCGAGGCUGGCAAGAACGAGCUCGCCCGCUUCGUAGCCGAGCGCAAGGUCGUCGCCUUCCGCAAGCAGGACUUCGCCGACCUGCCCAUCAGCGAGGCCCUCGACUUCGGCGGCUACUUCGGCCGCCACCACAUCCACCCCACAUCCGGCUCCCCCGCCGGCCACCCGGAGGUUCACCUGGUCCACCGCGCCGCCGGCGACAAGUCCCACGAGACCUUCUUCAAGAGCCGCGUCAGCUCCGUCGCGUGGCACUCGGACGUCUCCUACGAGCAGCAGCCCCCCGGCACCACCUUCCUCUACAACCUCGACAUCCCGGAGACGGGCGGCGACACCCUCUUCACCGACGCUGCCGAGGCCUACAACCGCCUGUCCCCCGCUUUCCAGAAGCUCCUCCACGGCCUCAAGGCCAGGCACUCGGGCAUCGAGCAGGUCAACGCCAGCGUAAGGAAGGGCAGCAUCAAGCGCCGUGAGCCCGUCGUCAACGAGCACCCUAUCGUGCGAACACACCCCGUCACAGGCGCCAAGGCACUGUAUAUUAACCCCCAGUUCACUCGCGACAUCGUCGGUCUGAAGAAGGAAGAAUCAGAUGCCAUCCUGAACUUCCUGUACGAGCACAUCGCAUGGGGCGCAGAUUUCCAGGCUCGCGUCAAGUGGGAGGAGUCGACCGUCGUCGUGUGGGAUAACCGCCUGACCCAGCACACGGCUCUUGUUGAUUGGAAGUCCGGUCAGCGCCGACAUCUCGCCCGUAUCACACCCCAGGCUGAGCGGCCAUUUGAGACACCUUUCGAGGGUUAA